AUGUCGCUUUUCUCGGCUUCUCUAGUUGCGCUCUUCACCGCUCUACUACUAGUUGAAGACUUCGAAAACGCUCAAGCUGGCGUUCCGUCUUUCGGCGACAAGUGCAGGAGGUCUUCUCACUUUGCUCAGCUCUUUGGAAAGCGUUGUGAUCCCUACCUUACUGCUCAAGACUGUCAAGUAGGAGCGUGGGGUCAGUGGGCAGCAAGCAAGACAUCUCAAGGUUGUUCUCUAAGCAGAUCAAGAAAAGUCACCAGUUGGGCGAGAAAUGGAGGAAAUCCUUGCCCUAGUCUGAAAGGAACAAAAACGAUUAAUUGUCCUAGUUCGAAAAACGAAGCGCAGCAACUGCUAAGUGUUUUGAAGUCUGGCCUAGGCGGAUUCGCGCCGUACAGCCCGAUUAGAAGCUCUGUUCGAUUGACAGGAGGUCUCGGUCUAAGAGGCUCACCUGGUGAUCGUGGUGGACCGCUCCUCAACCAGACUCACACACGGCGUUACGGGGUGGCGAAGCGUUCAGUAAACUGCACUACUGACCGUGACAUAGUGAUCAUAGUGGACACGUCCGGUAGCGUGGGCAAAAGUGACUUCCAAUCUGCUCUUAGUGACUUGAGUGACCUCAUUCCUAUGCUUUGCGGAUUUCAGCCUGAAACUAGUAAAUGAAGCUGUGUUUACACCGUCGCUUCACAGCUACGAGCGUAUAUAUUUGCAUCUAGGUGCUUGUUGUGUGUGUGUGUGUGUGUGUGUGUGUGUGUGUGUGUGUGUGUGUGUGUGUGUGUGUGUGUGUCCGUCCGUCCGUGCGUCCGUCCGUCCGUCCGUGUGCGUGUGUAUUUAUUGUAAAUAUUAAUGUACAUUUUAUUAAUUUUUGUCUAUUUAUUGUCAUUAUCAUUAUUUAUUCAUUAGCUUGUUGCUUGAAUGUAUAAUUCUUUGAAAACACAAGGAUGCGUCGAUGUGAGUAAAGAUAAUUAACUAAAUAUCAUCAAUUCCCACACUACACUUCGAAUUCAGCACAAGUGACAGAAGUGAC